AUGGCUCCCUCGGUGAAGCAGCGAAAGAUCGCAAUCUUGGGUAGCCGAUCCGUCGGAAAAUCAUCCCUCACCGUACAAUACUGCGAAGGCCACUUCGUCGAGAGCUACUACCCUACCAUCGAGAACACUUUCAGCCAUGAGAUUGUGCACAAAGGCCAGACAUUCCUGACCGAAAUCAUCGAUACUGCGGGACAGGAUGAAUACAGCCUGAUGAACUCGAAGCUGUACAUCGGCAUUCAUGGGUACUUGAUUGUGUACUCGGUUGCCUCGAGGCAAUCGUUUGAGAUGGUCAGGAUUAUCAGAGACAAACUUCUCAAUCAUCUUGGUGCUGAGUCCGUACCAAUCAUGAUUGUUGGAAACAAGAGUGAUGUCGACACUGCUAAGUCCAGAAAGGUCACCGCUGAAGAAGGUCAACAAUUGGGUGAAGAGCUCAAGUGUGGCUGGAUAGAGACCAGUGCCCGUAUCAAUCAGAAUGUCUCGAGAGCCUUCGAGCUCAUGAUUGCCGAAAUUGAGAAAUCCCAGGAACCUGAUAAGCCUGCCGGGGGUGGGAAGUGUGUCCUGAUGUGA